CACUGAAAAUAACACCAGAAAAAUUAUCAGAAAUUUGUGGUUAUAAUAAAGCUGUAAAAAUGAGUGAAGAUAUUCAAAGGAAAGUACAGUCAGAAUUAGAUAACUUAAAGAGAGUUCAGAAAGAGCUGCAGAAAACCAUUCAAACAAGGCAGCAGCUAGAUGGUCAACUCAACGAGAAUGAAAUUGUCAAACAAGAAUUAGAUCUCUUGCCUAGUGAUGGAAAAGUAUAUAAAUCAGUAGGACCCGUUCUCAUCAAAACAGAGUUGGUGGAAGCAAAACAAAAUGUCCGCAAAAGAAUUGAUUAUAUAACCAAAGAAAUGAAGAGAAUCGACGAUGCCAUUUCAUCUCUAGAUAGAAAACAGGAGAACCAUCGAGAUGCCUUGCAAAAACUGCAACACCAGUUUCAACAAGCUCAGUUGAAAGCCGCCCUUCAUGCUUGAUGAAUCUUCCUAUUUUAAUAUGUUAUUUCUCGAUUAAAUUAUCCAAUCCUCACUAAUAUAGAAAUGACAGGCGACUAAUAAGUUAGAACUUGCAUACUCUUUCAUGUUUUCUAUACUAACUAGUAGAAGAAUGUCUGUAAAUACAAAAUUCCUAUGAAACCUUUUUUUGUAUUACCGAACAACUUUCAUGUGAAACAUAAUUAUUAUACUGUUUCUGCAUAAGUAAAGAUUUGUAUUUCAAAUUGUAUUUUUACUUUUGUAAUUUAGGUAAAUAGAGUAUACCUGAUUCAA